GGUUCCACAUUAUGACAUAUCCAUAGAAGCAGUGUCAAUUCUCCUCGUACAAAAGCCCCCCCUCCUCCCUCUUCAUUUCUACCUCAUUCUAAAACCCUUCCCAAGUCUUAAACAUCCCCCUCUCUCAUUUCAACAAAACCUCUCACAAAUCCUAAAGUCUCUUCAAGCUCAAGAAACAAGAAUGUGUGGCGGUGAUAGAAUCGCUGAGUUCAUCCCUCGCAACCGCCGCCGUGUCUCCGCCGAGAUAUGGCCGGACAAUUUCUUCAACUCAGAUCUCACCACACCUUGUCACAAGGUCGACUCACCUUCCACCAAAACACCCCAACCCAUUUCAGGGGGCGUGCAAGAACAGAAGCCCGCCAAGCGGCAGAGGAAGAACCUCUACAGAGGCAUCAGGCAGCGCCCAUGGGGCAAAUGGGCCGCUGAGAUUCGCGACCCGAGAAAAGGAGUCCGAGUUUGGCUUGGUACCUUCAACACGGCUGAAGAAGCAGCCAGAGCUUAUGACAGGGAGGCUCGCAAAAUCCGCGGCAAGAAAGCCAAGGUUAAUUUCCCUAAUGAAGAUGACCAAGAUUACAAUCCUCAUCAGACUCAUCUGAGAGUUUCCAAUUCCAACCCUGCUCAUCAUCCAUGUCAGCUUAAUAAUACAGGUAACUUCAGUGACAAUCAUAUGGGUUAUGAUCUGAACCAGACUAUAGCAUUUCCCUCAAAUUCAAAUGGGUUUGUUGUGAAUACUACUGACCCAAUUGUUUUCUCUGGGGAAGAAAAUUCUGGGUCUGGUUCUGAGGGGACUUACUCUUCAACAGGGUUGGUGGGUUGCAUUCACGAUGAGAAAGAGAAAGAGGAAUCAAUACAAGGGAAUACGAUUGUGGCUGCUGAAGAGAAUGAAGUUCAAAAGCUUUCUGAGGAGCUAAUGGCGUAUGAGAACUACAUGAAAUUCUAUCAGAUUCCAUAUCUGGAUGGGCAGUCCAUAGCCCCUGUGAAUCCUACUGCUCAGGAAAGCAUGGUUGAUGAUCUUUGGAUCUUUGAUGAUGAGAACGAGAAUUAAUGUUCCUGCUUCUGUCACCUCUUUAAUUGAUUGAUGAAUUGAUGAGUUUGUUCAUUGAUUCUUGUUUAAUUAAUGUUCAGUCUUAGUCAUAAAAACUGUAUCAAACGGCUAAUUUUAUGUAUUUGUUAUCGACAUUUGAAUAUUUUAAGUUCCCUUUCAGUUUUC